GAACCUCAGAGGUCUAUUAGAGGUCAGUGUGAGUCCUUCUAAUAGCAACUGCGGCUGCAGCAGGCCUUUCAGAUAACCACACUGCUGCAGAUCGGACAUAGCCUCGACCUUUCUUUGUGAACGCACGCUGGUGACUGCAGAACAGCCAUGCAGGCUCAGGAAGUCCUGAGACAGCUGCGGAUGCCCGAGCUGGAUGAUGUUCGGCAGUACGUGCGAGGCUUCCCCACCAACGCACUCAUGGGAAUGGGGGCCUUCGCUGCCAUCACCACCUACUGGUUUGCCACAAGGCCAAAAGCGCUCAAACCACCCUGUGAUCUCACACAGCAGUCAAUCGAAAUGCCGGGUGGCGAACGUGCACGAAGGUCGGUACUGAAUGACAGCAGCGAACUCAUGACGCAUUACUACAGCGAUGCGCUCACGAUGUAUGAGGUGUUCCAGCGAGGGCUCAGAGUAUCGAAUAAUGGACCCUGCCUCGGAUCAAGAAAACCCAACCAGCCCUACGAGUGGGAGACGUAUGGAGAGGUGGCGAGCCGAGCGGAGAACAUCGGCUCCGCCCUCCUUCACAGAGGUCACUCUCACACAGGAGACAAAUACAUCGGGAUCUUUUCCCAGAACAGACCAGAGUGGACCAUUUCAGAGCUGGCUUGUUAUACGUACUCCCUGGUGGCCGUCCCGCUGUACGACACACUCGGCACAGAGGCCAUCAACUACAUUAUCGAUAAAGCCUCCAUCUCAACGGUGAUCUGUGACGUGCCUGAAAAGGUUCGCAUGAUCCUGGACUGCGUCAGCGGCCAAGGGCGAUCUGUGAAGACCAUCGUUGUCAUGGAGGCAAUCGACGACGACCUGGUGACCCGGGGCAAAGAGAGCGGCAUCGAAAUCCUGAAAUUGAAGGAAUUUGAGGCAUUGGGUAAAGCCAACCUUCACAAACCAUUGCCUCCAAAACCAGAGGACCUCGCAAUCAUCUGCUUCACCUCUGGGACCACAGGAAACCCAAAAGGUGCCAUGCUUACUCAUGGAAAUGUGAUCUCCAACACUGCAGCAUUCAUUCGAGUAACACAGGUGCACUGCAUGCUGAACCUCCAUGACAUUCAUGUAUCCUAUCUCCCCUUAGCUCACAUGUUUGAGAGGGUUGUUCAGGGCGUUAUCCUCAUCCAUGGGGCUCGAAUCGGUUAUUUCCAAGGGGACAUUCGACUCCUGAUGGAUGAUCUGAAAACUCUGCAGCCAACAGUGUUUCCUGUCGUCCCACGCCUGCUCAACCGCAUGUUUGAUAAGGUAUUUGGUCAAGCCAACACCCCACUGAAGAGGUGGCUGCUUGAUUUUGCUUUCAGGAGGAAAGAGUCGGAGCUGAAAAGUGGAGUGGUCAGAAAGGACAGCAUGUGGGACAAACUCAUCUUCAAAAAAGUCCAGGCGAGUCUGGGAGGCCGCGUGCGUCUCAUGAUCACAGGAGCAGCUCCAGUGUCUCCAACCAUCCUCACGUUCCUACGAGCCGCUCUCGGCUGCCAGUUUUAUGAAGGCUACGGUCAGACUGAAUGCACAGCUGGUUGCUCCAUGUCGAUGCCCGGGGAUUGGUCUGCAGGUCACGUCGGGCCUCCUCUGCCCUGCAACUAUAUUAAACUGGUGGAUGUAGCAGAAAUGAAUUACUUGGCAGCCAACGGAGAGGGAGAGGUGUGCGUCAAAGGACCAAACGUUUUCCUUGGAUACCUUGAAGAUCCUGAGAAGACGGCCGAGGCGAUCGACGCGGACGGCUGGCUGCACACGGGAGACGUUGGCAAAUGGCUCCCUAACGGCUCCCUGAAGAUCAUUGACAGGAAAAAGCACAUUUUCAAGCUGGCGCAGGGAGAGUACAUCGCCCCGGAGAAAAUAGAAACGGUUUAUAACCGCAGCGAUCCAGUGGCCCAGAUAUUUGUCCAUGGUGACAGCUUACAGGCCUGCCUCGUGGGCAUCGUGGUGCCUGAUCCAGACUUUUUGCCUAUUUGGGCCAAGAAAAAGGGGCUUGAAGGCUCGUAUUCCGAACUGUGUAGUAAUCAGGAUGUGAAGAAAGCAAUCCUGGAGGACAUCCUGAAUUUGGGCAAAGAGGCGGGACUCAAGUCUUUUGAGCAGGUGAGGGACAUCGCGUUACACCAGGAGAUGUUUUCUGUCCAGAACGGUCUGCUGACUCCCACCCUGAAGGCCAAGCGGGCCGAGCUUCAGAGCCGCUUCAGAGACCAGAUCAACGCACUUUAUGCCAAAAUUAAGAUCUGAGCCGGGCUCCAGCUGGACUUCGGGAAGGUGACACUCUUCUACAGCCUGCAUCCAGAAGCGCGUAGAACUGAAGGGGGUUUGAAGUCACAUUUAUUUUCAUCUGUGUCUAUUUUAAAUCAUUCAUUGUUGAAUGAAUUUCUUGUUGAAGUCCAUAUUGUCCCCACCUCGGCUGUAGAGCAACACUCCCCCCGUGAACACUGGCCCAUUCGAGAGGAGUAUGGUGGAUCAUGUAACUGUGUUGCUGGUUUCAUUUUUCCAAGAGAUUGUUUAAAGGAAUAAAAGUGGGAAUGUGACUUUGAAAUGCCUUCACUGCCAUUAAACCUUGAAACUCCAGCAAACCUUUCAAAGAUUUUUUUUUUUUUUUUUUUUUGGGAUUCUCAACAGCACCAGAUUAAAA